CUCCAGCGCGGACGAUGCCUUCGAUUACCUCUUCAAGAUCAUCCUGAUCGGGGACUCCAACGUGGGGAAGACCUGCGUGGUGCACCGCUUCAAGACGGGGCAGUACAACGAGAAGCAGCAGAACACCAUCGGCGUCGACUUCACCGUGCGCUCCAUGGACAUCGACGGCAAGAAGGUGAAGAUCCAGGUGUGGGACACAGCUGGCCAAGAACGCUUCCGGACAAUAACCCAGUCUUAUUACAGGAGUGCCCAUGGGGCCAUCCUUGCUUAUGACCUUACUAGGAGGUCCACAUUUGAAUCCAUUCCUCACUGGAUUCACGAAAUUGAAAAGUAUGGUGCUGCAAACUUGGUCAUGAUGUUAAUUGGGAACAAAUCAGAUUCAGUGGAGAAGCGCCAAGUCCUGUUUGAAGAUGCCUGCACACUGGCAGAGAAGCAUGGGCUCUUAGCUGUGCUGGAGACAUCAGCAAAGGAAGCUCAAAACAUAGAAGAGGUGUUCAUCUUAAUGGCUAAGGAGCUAAUAGCCCGAAAUACCUUACAGCUUCAUGGAGAGAACCCUCCAAACAGCAUCUACCUUGAUUCCAGGCCAGUGAUUACCAGUCCGAGUGUGGAGAAGACCCAGUGCCUCUGUUGAAGGGAGAUUUCAGGAAGGACUUGGAAGCUGUCAUUCUUCUGAGGCGGUUUGAUAUCAUUUUUUUCAGCUGAUGGAAGUGUGCGAUGUGGCUUCAAGCCACCUCUCUUGGUAUCUCUACUGUGCGGUCUGUAAGUAUCUUCAGAGAGAGUUGUUGCUGUCGGUAGCACAGGUUGCUUUGAACAUGGCAGCUAACUUCUUUAACACGAACUUCUGAGCUGAGAGGACUUGGGAAGCUGCCAGCCCUUGCCUUAACCAAAGAGAUCUUUAAAAAUUAUUGCCUUAAAUUAUAUGCUUGAAUGAUUUUCUGGCUGUGUUGGAAGAUAAAUUUGCACCAGAGC